UCCGCUGCUGAAGCGACUGCGGGGAACCAGAUGCCCUACUGUGAGCCGCUGCCUGUGGAUAUCGCGGAUGCCAGAGCAGAAUAGACCUAGUCGAGAGACAGACCCAUUCACACUCAGCCAAAGCGAAUAAAGGAGAGGGGUAGUGGGAGAGAUAAGAAGAGGUGGUUUUACGCGUUGUCAGUGUGGUUUUCAGCUUCGGAAAAAGAGCUACUGUAAGAAGAGGAGGACUCGCAAUAUUGGGCGCUAGAAUAAGAAAAAAACGCGUUAUCCGGUUCUGCUGCUGCUGCGGCUCGUGAGCGCAUUCUCUGCUCGGUUUGGAAUACAAUGUGUCUGCAUGAGACCAUGGAGAUACGGAGUGGAUUUAUCAAAGAGCACUUCGACAGUUUAUGAACAAAACUGGACCUGUCUUUUUCUACGGCAUUUUGUCCCCCUUUUUCGUUGGGAUUGUGUUUUUUUGUGUAUUUUUCCCGUUUGCAUAUUUUCGUUUGAUUUAUGGUGUUUUAUGAUUUCAUGUCAUAUAUAUAUAUAUAUAUAUAUAUAUUUUUAACUAUUUCGGUUUUUACUUUUCAUCGGUUUUGGAGGAGAGCUGGAUUGACUCGUCGUGAAGAUUUAUGGACAGAAGAUUCCGCGUCGCUCAUGUGAAUGAUAUUCUAUCUUCCCAACUGAGACGUGCCAUGGAUGGAAAACUUAAUUUGCAUCAACGAAACCGAUCGGGAAAUAUCCGUUACAUCGAAUAACUACUGCUAUCAGCAAUCAGGACGAAUGACAUAGGAUGAACACUACUGGCGGGGUGUGUCUGUGUGUGCUGUCGUCCCUCCUCGGUGUGGCCUGGGCCGUGGCUGCUCUAGUUCCUCUAGCUCUAGCUCCUCUUUCUACCCUGGCCGCUGCCUAUGGGGCUGCCAGUGGCAUCUCUCCCAGGGAGGCAGAGGGGGGCAGCCUCCCCUCCCAGUGCUCCAGCCUGGUAGCAGGGGUACUGUAUGGAUCUUUCUCUCUGAGAGAGCUGUUCCCGUCGCGGGUGCCGGGCUGUUCCUGGUCGUUGGAGAACCCCGAUCCCACCAAGUAUUCCCUCUAUCUCCGAUUCACCCGUCACCCCUCCAUCUGUCAAUCACACUCCCCCAUGCUCCUCCCACUCGACCAUCAUCUAUCCAAUCAGAGCUGCCCACUGGAUCUACAGACAUCAACUCAGGACGUGAUAGACCUUUGCGGCAGCCAAUUAGAAUCGGAAGGACCAUAUUCAUUUUUACAGUUCGACAAGAACUUUGUUGAGCUAUGCCUGUCGAGACUACCGUCACCUGAUGAACCGCCGGUAACCAAGGAAACGCUAGAACUCCGGCUAGUCGAGGUUUUGCUAAUCAACAAUGAGAACUCCAGCCAGUUCACCUGUGGAGUACUCUGCAGAUGGUUUGAGGAGUGCCUGCGCAAUGGUCGUCAUGGAGACGGUGACGCUGCUGACGGUGACGGUUGCAGAGUUACUCAGACGGGGUGUGUGUGUCCCAACAACAAUGUGGUCAUGGCUCAGCCUGUACCCCUUCUCCCGUCAACGCCCCAUAACAACGGAUCGCUGUUACCUGAGGAUUGCUGCGUCACAGAGCUGCACCAUAACAAUGCCAUUGCCAUAGCCCCCAGGGACGUCAGACAAGAUCCCUACUCAGACUCAGAUGAUGAUGACCUGAAGGUGAAGACACAGAGACCCAGAUCAGCAGACCAGCCAGGUGUGUUUCAGGCACAGACAGGUGACCCUGCGGCGGAGGAGUGGUCUCAGUGGAGUGUGUGUUCGUUAACAUGUGGUCAGGGUUGGCAGGUGAGGACACGCUCGUGUGUGUCCUCUCCCUACGGCACCCUGUGUAGUGGCGCCCUGAGAGAGACACGUAUGUGUAACAAUACCGCCACCUGCCCCGGAGACCCAGCACUGAGCUCAGUCCAUGGGCUGUGGGAGGAGUGGUCGUCAUGGAGCCUUUGUUCUGUCACGUGUGGGCGGGGCUCCAGGACCCGAACCAGGAACUGUGUGAGCGGAGGAGAGGCCAAGCUCUGUGGAGGGCCUGAGAAACAGACCAAACUCUGCAACAUAGCAGUGUGUCCCGUGGAGGGUCAGUGGUUGGACUGGGCUCCGUGGUCUAGGUGCAGUGUAACCUGUUCCACAGGGAGCCAGCAGAGACAGAGGAGGUGUAGUGCAUCGGUGCACGUCUGGGCAGAGUGUAAGGGACCACACCAGGAGACCAGGGAGUGUACCAACCCAUCCUGUGGUGGUGGGGGUAACUGGGGCAGCUGGAACCACUGGAGUCUGUGCAGUAAGACGUGUGACUCAGGGUGGCAGCGUCGCUUCCGGAUGUGUGAGGGGACAGGGAUACAGGGUUACCCCUGUGACGGCUCCGGAGAGGAGGUCCGCUCCUGCAAUGACAAGAAGUGCCCCGCACCUCAUGAGAUCUGUAGAGACGAGUACCUUGUAGCCAUGACCUGGAAAAGUGCCUCGGCUGGAGAAACAGUCUACAACAAGUGUCCGACUAACGCCACUGGAUCUGCAAGUCGUCGUUGCUUGCUGGACGCUAAUGGAGUUGCUUACUGGGGUCCUCCGAGCUUCGCCAGAUGCGUCUCGAUGGAAUUCAGAUAUUUACAUUUAUCUUUGCGAGAGCAUCUUGCGAAGGGUCAGAGGACCCUGGCUGGAGAGGGCAUGUCUCAGGUCGUGAGGAAUCUCCUGGAUCUCUUACAGAGGAGGAGCUACUACAGUGGUGACCUCCUGUUCUCCACGGAGAUUCUCCGAAAUGUGACGGACACCUUCAAGAGAGCAACCUACAUCCCAGUACCCGACGACGCUCAGAAAUUCUUCCAGGUAGUCAGCUAUAUGUUGGACAUGGAAAAUAUAGAGAAAUGGGAAGACGCUCACCAGGUUUCUCCUGGUGCGGCCCAUCUCAUGCGUAUAUUGGAGGACUUCAUCCAUCUGAUAGGAGAUGAUCAGAAACCCUUCCAGAGUUUCCUGGUGGUCACCAACAACCUCAUGAUAACAAUACAGCGAGAGCCCGUGACAGCGGUGUCCAGUGACAUCAACUUCCCCAUGAAGGGUAGGAGGGGCAUGAAGGACUGGGCUCGAUCUGCUGAAGACAAACUCUACAUCCCCAAAGAAGUCUUCACCCUCACCUCUGAUGAAACAGAAACAGAGACUUCAUAUUUUGUCAUCGGAGCCAUCCUGUAUCGGACCUUAGGAGUCAUCCUACCUGCCCCCAAUGCCCCUGCUGUGAUCAACUCGAAGAUUCUGACGGUGACGGUCAGACCAGAACCCAAACCCAGUGAACCCAUGGUAGUGGUGGAGCUGUCCCCGCUGCUCAAUGGCACAUCAGAUCCUCAGUGUGUUGUCUGGGACUAUGGGAACCCGGAAGCUGGCGCUAAGAACUGGGACACCGAGGGCUGCCAAACACUCACGUCUGCCGCCGUCCACACUAAAUGCCUGUGCAGCAGGAUCUCAACCUACGCUGUGCUAGCGCAACAAGCUAAAGACCCGGGAAUGGGUCCGUCCAGUAUGCCCUCUGUGCCCCUCAUGGUGGGCUGUGGGGUCUCCUGCAGCGCUCUGAUUAUCCUGUUGCUCAUCUAUGCUGCCUUCUGGAGGUAUAUUCGUUCAGAGAGGUCUAUCAUCUUGGUCAAUUUUUGUCUCUCCAUCCUGGCCUCCAACAUCUUGAUACUGGUUGGACAGUCCCAGACACUCAGCAAGGGCCUGUGUACUGUGACUGCUGCUUUCCUUCAUUUCUUCUUCUUGGCAUCGUUCUGCUGGGUAUUGACAGAGGCGUGGCAGUCUUACCUGGCUGUGAUUGGCAAGAUGAGGACACGCCUCAUACGCAAACGCUUCCUGUGCCUGGGCUGGGGUCUCCCAGCCCUGGUGGUUGCUGUGUCAGUAGGUUUCACUAGAGCCAGAGGUUACGGUACACCCAGCUAUUGUUGGCUGUCCUUGGAGGGCGGGCUCCUCUACGCCUUUGUCGGUCCUGCAGCCGUCAUCGUAUUGGUGAACAUGCUGAUUGGCAUUGUGGUCUUCAACAAGCUCAUGUCUCGAGAUGGCAUCUCGGACAAGUCUAAAAAGCAAAGAGCUGGUCCACCGCUGGAGGCGUCGCGUAGCAGACUGCUCCUGAAAUGCUCCAAGUGUGGUGUGAUCUCAAGUACAGCUAUGUCCAGCUCUACAGCCAGCAGCGCCAUGGCAUCCCUGUGGAGUUCCUGUGUAGUUCUCCCUCUGCUGGCUCUGACUUGGAUGUCUGCUGUGUUGGCCAUCACCGACCGCCGCUCCACACUGUUCCAGGUGCUGUUUGCUGUCUUUGACUCUGUCCAGGGCUUUGUCAUCAUUACUGUGCACUGUGUCAUGCGCCGCGAGGUCCAGGACGCAGUGCGCUGUCGGAUGGGGGGAUGUAAAGAUGACAGCGAGAACUCACCGGACUCAUGCAAGAACGGACAGGUGCAGAUCAUGACGGACUUUGAAAAAGAUGUGGACCUGGCAUGUCAAACAGAAAGAGGACACCCAUUCAUCUUCAAGGAGGUGAACACCUGUAACCCAGCAACCAUCACCGGGACCCUCUCCCGAAUCUCCCUUGAUGAAGAGGACGACCCUAAACUGGCGACCCACCAGGAGGGGGGUUUAGGGGUCAACUUCAGCUCCCUCCCUGGAAACAUCCCCCCUCCUAACCUACUCGUUCAGGUGCCCCCGCUGGGUGUUCUGAACGAGCUGAGUGACACCCCUGUGAAGAAGGAGGUGAACAUGGAGCAGAAGAGGCAGCAUGGGAACCCCAGGAACACAGUGCCUGUAUACCUCUGCACCGAUAGCGGGCUGGGCUGGUCUCGACCGCCUCCUCCUCACAAUACCCAGGAUGGACCUAGCGGGGGAGGGGAGGGGGACUAUAUGGUGUUACCCCGUAGGACGGUCAGUCUAAAACCCCCUCCGCCCCCUGGGCUGGGGCUGGGGGGCGAGGACAAGCCCCUGAACAUCGCGGUGGACGACCCGCCUUUCCCCCCACCCCCCUCACCCAUGACCCUCCACCCGGCAGAGAGCGAGGCCUACCCAGCCGACUUCAUCUCACCCGGCGACCACAACAUGAAUAUCGCAAUGAACAUGAACCGCUCCUACGGGACGCUCAAACAGCUCCCCAUGCACGGGGGUCACGGACCCCAGGGCCACAUGCACGUUCCGGGAAGCCACGUGCACGGCCAUGGGCAAUCACUGCAGCUGAAGCAGGGCCAGAGGCCGUCGGUGAGGCAGAUACUAACAGGAGGGGGAGGCACCCGGACCCUGCCACGCAACCUUGGCAGCACCAACACUAAUGCCAGCCUCUCUGCUGGCUCCCUGGAGAGGAAAAGAGUACGGUACUCUGAGCUGGACUUUGAGAAAGUGAUGCACACUCGCAAAAGACACUCUGAGCUGUACCAUGAGCUCAACCACUCCACCACCAAGUUCCACACCAUAGACAGGUAUAACAGGGACCCCGCCAUGUCCACCUUCAAGAGGGAAAAGCGAUGGAGCAUUUCGUCUGCCGGAGGUGAAAAGAACUCUUCGAGUGACAAGUCGACCCCGACCCAAGACGACCAGCACUCCUGGGACAGCUUCAAGACCAUGACCCCUGAGCUGUCCAUUGUGCCGGGGGAGCAGAAGGACAGGAUGGAGCUGCACAACAAGACCACCUGGGACUCCUCGUCUGCCAACACACCUGACACGUCUGAGGGGGACUUCCAGACUGAAGUGUGAUGAGACAGAGAAACACACACACACACACAAACACACACGCACACACACACACACACACAAACACAGACACACACACACACACACACACACACACACACACACACACACACACACACACACACACACACACACACACACACACACACACACACACACACACACACACACACACACACACACACACACGUACACACACACAUACAGUUUCAAGCGUAGACUAACAGGUAGCCACAUGUACAUACAUAGACACACACACAGCACUCCUCCAAACCGCUCUUCACAUCCUAAAAUCUGCUCUCUAAAGGAUGAUAUCAUUUGUUGACUGCUAAUGUGGACAAGGACAAAGCAAAGACAACUGUUCUCUUCUAUAUUUUCAAACAGACUUUAAAUGAGAGAACAGGGGCUUGAAAGAGACUUGGACUGAGAAACUGAGACAUUUUUAAAUGGACAAAAAAACAAACAAAACUUUCUGAAAAAUGUCUUGAUUUUAUUCACUGGAAAAAAGGAUUCUCUUUCACCUGUUUGAUGAUUUGAAAAAAAAAGGAAUAUUUCUGCACCGUUCUGUUCUUUUUAUAGAGAAGAAAUCUCACUGAUGUUUGGCACACUGUUAAACCCCUUAGGCUCCCUCUCUUCAUUUCUCUCCUUCUUUCCCUUCUAAUGGAUGACGCAAGCACUCGGUUUUUCUUCUGCUUUUUUGGAGGGGUUGGGGAGGGGCAAGUAAGGAGUAAGAACGGAUCAUUGACAUGUGACCUCUGCUUUUGCUAAGUCUCACACUCUUCUCUCGUCAUCCUUUUUCAAUGUCUUGUUUUUUAUUUUUGUAUUGUUAUGACUUUAGUUAUGAUGUCCCUUCUCUUUGGUUCAAUUUCUUUUUAGCAACAAAAACUAUUUGUGACAAAACAACCUUCAACUGAGUUUGUUGUUGUCUCAUUGUCUAUCUCUUAUAUGAAAGUCCUCUUUAAUUUUGAGUUUCCGUUCGUGCUUGUGCUGCCUUUUCCAUGCUGAAUUUGAAAGAGUGAUUUAUUACCCAUCUGUGACACAUGAGCUUUGCUUUCUGAGGCAACAUGUUCUCAACAGUACACCUGUGGGAAUUGAGCGAAGGGUAUCAUCCAGAUUCACGCACAUUUCCAUCGCUCUUUUUCCAGUUCAGUAAAAAAAGUAUUUCAAAGUCUUGAAACAUUUGAAUCAAUUACAGACAGAACCCACCAAAGCUGUCUUUCUGUCAGGAGAGUGUAGCCUAUCUGGAAGUGUUUCUGUAGUAUUUCCCUUCCCUCCAUAUGGAUCCCAGGUCUUGUUAUAACUGUAUUUCAAUUCUUCUUACUCCCACUGCUUUAGGUGCUGUAUCGAUCACUGUGCCAUGCAUCUGCUCUCAGCCCCUCAAGAAAACAGGGAAAUAAAGUAAUCUAUAGUUUCAUAUGCAAGCACCCAAGGUGCUUUUGCUACUCAGCUUGUCCGUAGUUGUCUUUGUUGUGAAUGAAAGAAGCAAAACAAGGAAUAGGUGGAUAGUUAGGAUAGCAACUCAACCCAAAUGUUCCACUUUGGUCAGAAACGCCGACAGGGCUUUUGUGGAAAAUGUAGACAGGUGUGAAAUCAAAGUAUAUCACCAAACAUGUUCAUUGUAUUCCCCUCUCUCUCUCUCUCUCUCUCUCUCGCUCUCGCUCUCUUCCUCUUUCUCCCUCUCUAUUCUAUUCUUCUCUCUCUGUUUAUCUCUCUCACUCGCAGUCUGUCUCACUGUUUCUCUCACUCUCGCAUUCCUCACUCCACCAUGGAUCAUGAAAUCUUCAUGUAACAGUGUAGUCCUUUCUAUCAGCCUUUCUAUCAGUGCACUAAAUAGGUAAUAGAGUGCCAUUUGGGACGCAGGCAAAUCACUUUUGAGUUGACUACAUAAAGUUCACUUUGUUUUCAAAAUUGAAAACAUCAGACACAAAAAAACACCCACACCUGACUGUUUUAAUACUACACUCUUAGAAAAAAAGGUGCCAUCUAGAAACUUAGGCUUCUUCGGCUGUCCCCUUAGGAGGAUCAUUGAAAAAACAUUUUUGGUUGCAAGUAGAAUCAUUAUGCGUUCCAUGUAGAACUCUUUCUACAGAGGGUCUACAUGCACCCCAAAAGAGUUCUACCUGGAACCAAAAAAAGGGUUCUCCUGUGGGGACAAAUGUUUUUGGAACCCUUUUUUCAAAGAGUAAAUAGCACCCAUCCACUAAUUCACUAUACUCUUGACUCGCCACUCCCUUCACUAAGCACUGAGAGUUGGUUAGAGAGAUGAGCUGUUUUUAAGGUAUACCUCCUGGAGGGCACAUCUCCAGGGUUAGUCCUUACACACUCCUUAGCAGAUGUGCAAUACCUCCCAAGUAGACUAGGGCUGUGGAGACCAGUCUCACUUGUCUCUAGUAUAUGAGAGAAAGAGAGAGAGGAGGGAUGAGAAAGAGAACAGGCGAGAUUGACAGAACAGAAUACAAUGAGAGAAAAGAGAGUGAUAUACAAUCAGUGAGAGAAAGAGUUAUAGAGUGAGAGUAAGGGAGAGCUAAAUAGGUAGAGAGAGAGAGAACUAGAGAUGGAGAGUAGCGGUGAGCUCUAACAGUAAUUAUCCAGGGGAAUGUCCUGACAUUUGUCCUGACAUUUUCCGAGGCUGUCCUCAAACCAUCUGUGUAAAGAUCCCUAAUGGUACAGCGUGGAACACACACGCAGAUGGCAAGACAAGAGAGCCUGCCUCUCCAACCUUUCCCGCUAAUCAGCUGAUAUGCAGCUCUAGUCGCCCCAGACGCUGAUCUAAGGUCAGUUUUGCAUUACCUCUCCCUAAUGGUUUGGGUUGGAAAUGUGGGCAGGGUAAACUGAUCCCAGAUCAUUUUCUAAUGGCUACUUAUCUCUGACUCAUCAUACAACUGUGAAGGGAACGUUUAUGAUAGGUACUCACAAAGAGGAACGGCUGAUGGUAUCCUAAUCCUUGUUCUGUCCUAAUCUUAAUACCAAAUGCCAUUACCAGGUUGAUAAAUACCACACUAGAGAGACAGGUAAGUGAGAGAGUGGGGAUGCAACUUCCUGAAUUGACAAACUUCUACAGAUCCUCAAGAUCACUAGUGUUUAAAUUGGUCCAUGAUCAUGUGACUGUUCCUAAAUCUGUUUCAUUUCAUCAAUCAGUGUCCACUUCCUUGGUGAUCACCUCUGAUCUUUUCUGGGCGAUCAGAAAACCCCUCUGAUUAAUACAGAAGAGAACUUCUCUAACUCUAAAGCGAUGUGUUGGGUUUGUUAGUUUGUUUGUCAUGGGCUUUUGAAAAGUUUCAGACUAUGACUAUACAAUCUGUCAACGAGAACUUCAAUCAUUAAACUUCAAAACAGUGAAUCCUGUAAAGAUUUAGUGAAUUGCACAGAUGAGGUAUUGAAAGCAGUAUUUUUGAAAAUGAUCUUCAGAGUGUGUGGUUUGAGAGGAACAGAAACAGAACAUCUGAUCUUGGACUACAGAGGUUACCCUCCAACCUACCAUGCUUGAGAUGUUGACCUAGCUUCUCAUACAACCAUCAACGCUCUCCCACUGGUGUUGCAAAAGAAAGUCCCUCCUUCCUUUUCCUCCCACAUUCAUGUUUGUUUUUAUACAUAAGACUGUACAAAGUAGUCCUCUGUUUUCAUAGAGUGUCUUUUUUAUAUGAAAAUAAAUUUUCAAAUUGA